AUGGCGGUCGCGGUAACAGAUCCUUUCGCCAAGCUGCCCUCCGAGCUUCGUCGUCAGGUUCUCCUAUUGACUGACUGCAAAUCGUCGAUACUACGCAUGAUUCAAGCCUCUCCGAUCAUGCUUCGAGAAUAUCUCGCACAAAAGAAGCAUAUUAUACGACAAGUGAUGGCGUCUGAAUUUGACGAACAGAUGAUACAAGACGCCAUGGCAAUCAUCUUACUACCAAUUCCGCGAAGCACCCAUUGGAAUAAACUCAGUAAGCGCCAGUCACGGUCCAUACGCGAACAUAUACUGGCUUGGUCGGAGUCUCAACUGCCCGAUCCUAUCAAGGAGGGCAACGACGACCGGCUAGGUCAACUGAACAAAUUGCACAGUCAACUUCUUGUUUUGGUCGAGGACUAUAUUACCAAAGCCACCGCUUCCUUUCCUCCACGGGAAUAUCUUUGUCUACCGCAUGUUCAGCAGCCAUUAACUGAAGGACAUGUUAUGUUCAGAGGGGUCAAGGUAACGCCACGAUUCAGUUCGGCAAAUCUCACAUCCUUGGAACGUAAAAGGUUUAUCAAAGCAUUUCUGCUAUACGAGCUAUUUUGUAAGAUCAGCAAUGCCCCUCACGCCUCCGGCUUGGUACGGCAACAUCGCGAAGUCAGCUAUUUCGAGUAUGAAGCGCUCGGGUGUGUCCACAACUACAUCCGUUCUCUUUACGGGGCAAUGUUUGCCCAAUGCAACGAUGGUUGGCUUCCCAGCACUUCGACGGAGGCUUCACUUGGAUCUGGGUUACUAUUUCCCGAUACCUAUUAUUUUGACGCAAAAUCCUACUCCCCUAACUUUGAUGUGUGUUCUCUUGGCAUAGUCCCUAGGCAUGACCUUGGGGACUGUUUCUCCACGACUGGGCUUGAUUAUCUCACCAUUUUCCUUGGCUAUGGUUUGGCCAUUCAAGAUGAAAGAGAAGCCCUCAUGGCGCAAUUCGAAUAUGUCUGGGGCUUUGAAAGACCUUUUCGAUCUUACAAGUGGGACAUAAGCUUCGCGCUCUUACUCACAACUAAGCCAACAUACGAAGAAUCAUCUAUGUAUAAGCAACUUUUUUUGAACCGCGAUAAUACACUCCGACACCAGAUCUUUCAGCAGCGUGCUUGGGUGUUCUUUGACGACAAUCGCUUCUACCCCCAAGAGAGCCCUGAGCGGCCGAACUUCCCAUCGGAAAGUUUUCUCAUGGAAGAACCCACCAAAGAAUAUUCUAAGCGUGCUUGGUCUUACAACCCAAAAGAGGAGAGAGGUUUACGAAGAUCGCAACGAUGGCAUGAUGGGCGAAAUCGUGCUAGUGGUUCAAACGUCAACACGCCUAAAGGUAGGGGUUUCUAUUAUAUCAGAAGAGAUAACGAAAUCUAG